ACUCCAGCCUGGAGCAGCACUCAGUGCCGUCCAGGCUGAAAGCAUCGGAGCUAUUUCAGACACAUUAAAAGGGUCACAGUCAGUACCUCAGCUGGUAGAAGAAGGUACUUCUUUCAGCAUCAAAAGGAGGGAUAAGCCUCUGUCGUAAAAAUGUCAAAACAACCAGCAUCACAUGUCAAAGCCAUUCAGGCUAAUAUUAACAUCCCAAUGGGAGCAUUUCGACCUGGUGCAGGCCACCCUCAUAAAAGAAAAGAACUUAUGCCUGAAGAAGUGGAGGAGAAUGCUCCUGCUUCAACAGAGGAGGAGAAAGAGAAGAAAAUGCCCCCAGGAGCUAAGAAACUUCCAGGUCCUGCUGUCAACUUGUCAGAGAUUCAGAACAUAAAGAGUGAGCUGAAAUAUGUCCCCAAAGCUGAACAGUAGCUGGAAGAAGCAGGUUUUCUGAGUAUUCUUCAGACCCUAAAACAGAAGAGCUAGAAAAAACAGAAGAGCUAGAAAUUUCUUUUCAAAGAGAAAAAUGGAAUGCCCAGGACAUCAUUUAGUACCAGAGGAACCUUUGUAAUCCUAUUACCUCCUUGAGAAAAAAAAAAAUCAUUUUGUUAUUUCCCAGAGUUUCUGUGAUCAGAAGAAAAAAUUUGGUUGUCAUGGUUUAACCCCAGCCAGCCACCAGGUACCACACAGGAACUCACUCAUUCCCCCACCAGUGUUGGGAGGAAGAGAAUUGGAAGGGUAAAAGUGAGAAAACUUGUGGGUUGAGGUAAAAACAGAUUAAUAGGUAAAGCAAGAGUCCUGCAAGCAAGCAAAGCAAAACAAGGAAUUCAUUCACAGCAUCCCAAGGGCAGGCAGGAGCUCAGCCAUCUCCUGGAGAGCAGGGCCCCACUGCACAUAUCAGUGACUUGGGAAGACAAACACCAGCACUCCAAACAUCUCCUCUUUCUCCUUUUUUCCCCCACUGUAUACUGAUCAUGAUGCCAUACUGGUCUGGAAUAUCCUUUUGGACAACUGGGGUCUCCUGUCCCAGCUGUGUCUCCUCCCAACCUCCCACACAGCCCCAGCCCCUCACCAGCAUGGCAGGAGGAAAAUCAGGAAAUGCCUUGGCUCUGUGAGAGCCCUGCUCAGCAGUAACAAAAACAUCUCUGUGUUAUCAGCCCUGUGUUCAGCAUAAAUCCAAAAUUUAGCCCCAUAACAGCCACUGUGAAGAAAAUUAACUCCAUCCUGGCCAAACCAGCCCAAUUUCUUCUAAUGUGGUUUGCAGCUGUCUGUCCUGAAUUGAGUCUCUAUCCCAGCACAAUGCUGGUGAGCCCCAGCACACAUCAGUCCUUUGCAAGUCAGGGAGAGAUUUCCUUCUCAUUCUCUAGCUGAAUUGUGGAAGAGGAGGGGAAAACAGGCUGGAGAGAGUCUGCUUUCCAGAGGCCUAAGAAAGCUUGAAGGUGUGUGUUAGGAGGUUAAUUUUGGCAAGUAAAGAACAGGGCAUAUUCUUAUAAACCACAAAUGCUUCUACAUCAACUAGUUAGGAAAAGAUUCUGCUUUGUGGUUUUGGAAACUGACAAAUAACUUCAAAACAAACACUGAAGAAUCAGAAAACAUUUUGCUUCAAAGCAAACUACCAGAACAGAUGCUUGUAUUUUUUCAAAACAAAAUAAAGAGAAAAAAUUAAAGUCUUUUAUUUCCAAACUGUAUAUUCGAGCAGAGCUUUUAAAAAUUAUUAUUAUUGGUAGAGACAAGCACAAAGUAAUAACUCAAAGAAGUCUGUCCUAAUUUUUAGAAGAUGAACAUGCUAUUUGCUGCUCUAUCCACACCAUACACAGGAGAGUUUGCAGACGUGGAGAUGAACAGGCCUCCACACAGAGACAGGAGAAAUGUCUUCAUUGAGCCUCUCCCUUUGAAACAUUAAUGCACUUAAAGUAACAAAAUACUUCCAAUGCUAUCAAAUCUCUGCUCUGUUCUCAAAUGAGAACCAUUUCUGGAAGAAAGGUUUAAGAGUUUUGUUUGAAAGCUGAAAAUUUUCAUAGGUCAUUGCUAUUUAAUAGCUGCUUCCCUGUAGCCAUUCUGUUGAUUCUUUAGUCCUGAACUCUUUUAUACAAUAACCCCUCUCUUUCCACUGGUGCUGCUCAUGAAAGAUUUUAAUAAAAAAUAAACUUUACACUCAGUUCCCUGAGUGAGAUGCAAUUUCUGGGGUGACACCCCUCCAAAGAAGCUGAGAAAGGCAGGAGGUCUCAUGAUGGAAGGAUCAGUGAAGUGUGAAGAGGAAAUACAGUCAAUAGACUUUUUCUUGCUUAUCUCUGCUAGGUGUGUUAGCCCAUGAACUACAGCAUGUAACAACAGGUACUACUGGAAUAUACUCCUCUUGGAAAUCUCAGAACAGGAUAUCAGGGAUCCCUAAAACUUCAGUUAUUUGCUGUGUGAACAAGUCCAAGUAUUUAGAUGAAGGUCCUGUUACUUGAAAGGCACCUAUCCCAAGUCAUAUGCAUAUAUAUCCAUGCAGAGCUAGUUGUAACCAGGGAACCGUGGACAGUAGAAACUGGAGAGCAGGAAAAAGAUCCUACUGAUCACUGCUAGAGAGGUAUGAGUGAGAUGAGAGCAAUGCUGUUUGUCUGUUCCUGGUGACUGUCCUGCCAGUGUUAGGUAUGCCUGGAGCAAUCCGACAUUGUAAUGACAGAAAUCAUCUGAAACCCAAAAUAAUAAGCAAUUCCAGUCAUUCCCACCUUAUACAGUUCAAAAUGUGUUCAGCACAAGGUUUUCAAGUGCUACAUCAGAGUGAAAAGGCUAACUGCUUUGGAAUACAUGAAGUGUGACUUCCCACAUUAGUAACAGCUCAGAUAGUUUUAUCAAAUCUACAUAAAUUGUAGCCAAUUAAGUUGACAGUAUGAUCUGAAAUAUCUCAGCUCUGAUGUGAUAAUCAAAUGAAUUUUCUUCUAAAUUUGGUGCCUCAUCAUUUUGUUUUAUAGAUUUUAUUCAUUUCAUUUGAUAGAAGACUACCUAAUUAUGUUCUCACAGCCUUGUGCUUAAAAAGUACAUAAAUUACUGCAUUACUGUACUUUGUCAUCUCUUGCAGAACUGGCUCGAUGUGGCAUGAGCCUUGUCACCCCUGUCCAGGAGCAGGCUAUCUGCAAGUGUCCCAAGCCCUGAUUUGUAAUCAGGACUACACCUGUUUCAGCCACCCAAUUGUUCCUGGUGUGCCUUCUUUUAAAAAAUGUAGCUCUCUUAGUGCCAAGGCUACCUCUGUUUCACACUUGUUUGCAAAUUUCUUCAGAGAGUAACAUUUUGUAGUGUUUGAGCUCACUGUGUGUAGGUAGAACAUCCUAUGUAGGUAGAGCUCACCAUGACACUGAUCCCAAGAUCCAUUGCCCCACUGUCAGCAUUACAGAGGAAAUGCUAAGCUUCCAAUGUAGUUUGGUUCUGCUGACCCUAUCUGCUGCUGUUUUAAUCUCCUAAUUUCCCUCUGAUUUGCCAAAGGAGUCUCAAACACUGCAUUUCCAUGUGAACAAAGGACACAGCAUAAAUGAGCCUUUCCCUGCAGAAAUAUGUAUUAGUUUUAUUCUCACUGUUGGUCAUAAUUUAUUUUUCAAAUUUGAUUUGCUAUGGGUUUUAGCUGGCUGAAGGGAGACUCAGCUGAACUAACCUUUACUUCAGCUUGGGGACAAGUAUAAUGCCUGGCUUUUUGUCCUGCCAUUUACUGGCUGUAACAGUAGGGCUGUAUUUGCUUCUGACUGCAAUUGACUGAAGUUCAUCUACAGACAUGGGUUCCAUAAAAGCAGAAUAAACCCUCAGCCUUGCU